AUUUAAGGACCUCAUUUAUUCAGUAGCUUCUUUUCAGUUUUAGUCUGUUUAAAAACCGGCGUGUGUGUUGUAAUUGUGGUGAGGAAGUCUUCCUGUUUCAUCUUGCCGGCCACCUGGUCGCUCUCCUCUUGAUUGGGGGGAACGUUGAUCAUCAGAUCCCUGAUCGCAGCGCAAAAGUAACCACUUCACAGCCCCCGAAUGGCUGGAUGCAUGACUGCUCCCUUCUCAUAAAAAUGGCCUAAAGGUCCCUUUCUCUAUUGUUAUGACCACUGAAAUAUAUAAAGCAUGCCCUGGAUGUUUCUCUCCUAGAGUUUAGCCACCUGGUCUCUUGUGUUUGCGUCACUGUGCUGUUGUGAGUUGGUCAACUACACCGCCAGCCUGCGAAGCAAAUCGCGUUUCUCACCUCAUUCUUUUCUCUCUGACCUCUUCCAUUCUUCCUGAGGUUUUCUCCCUUUCACAUCCUCCACUAGUCUACCAUGGCUUUUCGCGUUCCCAACCAAGUCCGUCAGAGACAGCCCUCUUUCCAGAAUGUCUCUCCUCGUCCUGCGCCCCCCGCCAUCGAUGUCACCCCCUCAAACCACAACCCACGUGAGGAGGAAUCCCAAGAAUGGGUGCUCUUUUCUCCAGAGCUUGCUCCUUCGACGACAACCCGUACGCAUACCACGUCUACAGACCGAACUCCUCGUACAACCGGUCGAUCUCGAUUGAGUGAUUUCGGUUCCCUAGGUACCGCAUUGCACUCUGGUACUGUAGAUGGUGAUCUGGAUGCAGAACACGAUGACUUGCUGGAUGAAGAUGGCACUGAGCUAGAUAGUCUUGACGAUGGGCUACACGCUUUUCGCGAACCUACUGCCUGUGAGCCCGCAACAGAUGAGCCACAAUUACACCACAGUGACCCCGCGCUGCUCCCUACACACGAUGGUCUUGGAACUUUUACCGCAGUGAACUUACAUGUUCAAGAGCAGUUGUGGCAGCAUGAGCAGUUUAACCCUCGAAGAAGAGGGGAAACAAGGCCCCGGCGGAGAUCAAGUGUCCAGCGACAUCUGGACUCUGUUGACGAAGUGGAAAAUCAGGAUAUGGAAAGGGAGAGAUGGCAACGCAUCGAGCAAUGGCGUAUGGAGCAGAGUAGGGCACUGUUGCAGGAAAUAGAAAAGGAAACGAGACGAAGACGAUAUAGUCGGGCGAACCGGUUGAGUCGUGCUACCCAAGGCUCUGCUCGGCAGCCUUCGGGCGUUGCUGUCGAGAGCACCCCGGAAAUCCAGCCUGUUGCUGAUGAAGCUACUCCGCGCCCUUCUCCUGAAGGAUCUCAGAAAGGCUCCGAAGAGGAAGAAUCGUUCUGGAGACGGAUCACACGUAAGGUGAUUCGAGAUUUAAUUGAAGAAAACAAGCAACGGCAAUCUGAAGACCCGCAUAACCAGCAAAGCGAAUCAACAGCCGCCGCUUCGAAAUCUAGCAUUCGGGUAGAGAGCGAAAGGCCCAAGGUCCUUGAUGAUAUGUUGAAGAAUGCGACCUCAACUUCGUCAGGUGACAAUAUGUGGCAACAAAGACUUUUGGACCGCAUUGCGAGAGAGCUGGGUAUCUUGGUCCAUCAACUUUGCGAACACCCCGGCGCUUUCACGACAUAUGUAAGACCAGGUUCAUCGACGUCCAGUGAUUUUGCUGGCAAACUGGCCUCCAGAGCGUCAUCGUUACCUUCUCGACGGAGACCUAUUCCAUCGAGGGCCGCAUCCUACGGUAGUGGUAAGAAUGCUACUUCAGAAAUAUCUCCAAUCUUUAAUCCAACCCUUCAGGACAAUACCGGGCCCAAUCACGCUUCUCUAUGGGGCAUUGAGGAGGAAGAGUCUCUCUCAGCCAACGAAGUACGACCAUCUACGAAUAAUAAUUUGGCAGGACACUUGAGACCACCUUUUCCACAACCAGAGCAAGACAUCGAGUAUUGGGAGCGCGAGCUAGACAUCGGAGAGGUAUUUCGCUACCUUUGCAAAGGUCUUGCUGGCAAGGUCCCCUUCUCGAAUGACGGCACUAGCACUCCCAAACCUCUAUCCCCAAAUGGACAGGGAGACCACGGUGCAUCUAAUCGCGCAGCUAUAAUAAGACAACAUCAUCCCCUAGUGGCACGAGCAGACGCACAUGCUCGUUCGAAUCGACCACCUCUAAGACACUGGCAGACCAGUUCUUCCGGCACAGGUCUUCGUGCUAGCAGGAUUGAUACCCCUGCUACUACUUCUCAUCAUGCCGGCUCUUCAUCCACGCCAAUUCUCUUUCGGCAUUUUCGUCGCCCUAGCUCAAGCUGCGCUAGCCAGAGCACUCUUGUUUCUUCCACAAAAGGCCCGCUCGGGAGCGGGUCUAGCAGACAUUAUUGGGAUAUCGGUGGUAGUGUAGGCAGCGGGAGUGCUAUUGUGACCGUCGGUGGUGCUAGUGGGAUGGGAAGCUGGGGAGAUGUUUGAUCUCAAGCGCAUCUUCUUGGGACUGUUUGUAUUGUUAUUAUGCCCUCUUUUGAUUACGACGUGACAUGGCAGUGGCCGAUAGACCACGAGCGAUGAUAUUUGGGUCCUUGGAUGUGGGUGGCCCAACAUUGAGCUCAGAAAAUACACCUAAUAAAUCCAGAGAUGGAUGCUGCCUUUUGCAUAGGCAGCUACUGCAGUUGCUAUUCUGAUAUAUUUUGAAACCCACCUAAAGCUUCCCCCCAUCAUGUACUUUUCGUCCAGGGAUCUCCAAUCUGUUGAAAUAGCACCAGCCUCGCUCCUAUA